CCAGAGUCUGUCAUGUCUCAUUCAGGCAUGUCUCCGCCUGUACUGGUACAGAUGUCUGGCGUUUUCAGUAAUGGACUCUCCUCCUCUAUUACCCGCCGGCUACAAAGUUACUCUAAUGCCGCAGCUGAACUCAGCGUGAAACCUGCAUAUCAGUGUGACCUUUUGGUGCAGGGAACAAAAGAAGAGAUGAACGCACAGAAUGCCGGCUCCACAGGUCACGACGGUGAAGGUGAAUUUGAGAAACCCGAGCUCGGGAGGGGGGAUGAAAAUGAUGCCAAGUGGAAGAUACUGAAAAAUAAUAUCCUCGAGCCAGAGGAGCCGGGGCAGGCUGAUUUCCAGAAUCCUGGCGAGAAGAAGCACGACAAGCCCGGACUUUGGGGCAGAGCUGUGGCUGAAUCUCCCAUCUCCUCUCUGGAGAACCUGACUCCAGGACAGGUGGAUCAAGUCCAGCACCAGGGCAGCCUGCUCUCCUUCCUCAGAUCCCAGGGGAACCUGAGCAGCACACCUGCCAACGCACACAAAGCCAUUCUGGACGAUGGGGGGAACAUGGAGAAAGAUGGUGCAUCAGUGAUGUUGCCGUGUUCCCAGAUCUCAGCAAUAACUUUGCUCGGAAGCCAUUCCAGUGCAGGUACUGCCCCUACAGCGCCUCCCAGAAGGGCAACCUAAAGACCCACGUCCUCUGUGUCCACCGCAAGCCGUUUGACAACAGCCUUUACCCCGACCGCCGACUCCGGCGCUCGCACACCUCCCAGAGGCCCUCCAGAUUGCCUCAGAGCAUCACAGGAGAUAAUCUUGCGCCCGGAAGAGACCAGCUCGGCAUGACAUCACUCUGUGGGACUUGAUGUUGUCAUGGCAACAGCAAAUACAGACAGUUAUGAUUAUUGUUUUAGCUUCACCCCGAAGGGGUUAGGAUGAUUGAAAUUGUUAAAAAAAAAAAAGAGUUAACAACCAACCUUGAUGUACAUUCCAGUGUUUACUUGAAGAUCCACAGUAUGUAUUUAUCUGUAGCAAAGAAGCUGCCUAUAAUAAUAAUAAAGUCC